AGUGCCGCGUUAACUGUCAGUGUGUACGCACGUCGCUGUUGCUCAAAAUGGCUACCGAAUCACGCAUCGCGCUUAUGAAAGAGCGUAUUUAAAGUACUUUAGCGUCAUUAAGAACGUUAACAAACGCUAAGAACACUGCUUAUAUUGAAGAUGAACGUUAUAAAAAGUUAACUGAAGAAGUUUCCACGGCAAAAAUAACAGCUAGAAAGACUUCUCGUGAUUAUUGGCUAUUGCGGCGAUACGAUGUGCUUACCAUUGACCAGAAAAGUAAGCUUAUUUUUCCUGUUAAAGACACUACAAGCACUAUUAUUUACUACGCAUGUGAUAGCGAGUUAUUCGACAUAUUACACGAGGCACAUAUUCAAAUUGGUCACGGCGGAAGAGAUCGUAUGAUGAAAGAGGUAGGGAGUCACUACAAAAACAUAACACGUAAGGAUAUAGAAACUUAUCUUGAACUUUGUGAACCCUGUCAACAAAAACAAAACAAGAUCAAAAAAGGCAUUGUUGUAAAGCCUAUUAUAUCGUCAGAGUUUAACUCUAGAUGCCAAGUGGAUCUGAUAGAUUUUCAGUCCCAGCCCGACGGUGAUAACAAAUUUAUAAUGGUGUAUCAAGAUCAUUUAACAAAAUUUGUUGUUUUAAAACCACUUAAAACAAAACGAGCUGAGGAAGUGGCUCACACUUUAUUGGACAUAUUUACUAUACUUGGUGCUCCUGCAAUAAUUCAGUCUGAUAACGGCAGAGAAUUUUCCAACCGAAUUAUUGAUCAUUUAAAAACAUAUUGGCCUACUUUAAAAAUUAUUCAUGGUAAACCCAGGCAUUCGCAAAGUCAGGGGAGUGUGGAAAGAGCAAAUCAGGAUAUUGAAAAUAUGUUGACCACGUGGAUGCAAGACAAUAAUAAUUCACAUUGGAGUGAGGGUUUGAGAUUUGUGCAACUCAUAAGAAACAGAGCUUUUCACGAUGGUAUUAAGCAAUCUCCUUAUGAGGCACUUUUUGGGUGUAAAGUAAAAGUUGGGUUACAGUUACCCAAUGAUUUCACGCAAAAUGUAGAAACUGUAGAAGAUUUGGAUAAAAUUAUACAGGACCUUACCAAAAAUGAAGAAAAUCCCGAAAUCACUGCAUGUGAAUUCUCUAAGGUGAACACGGAGGCAAGUCAAGUUUCUAACAACGAUUCAGAUCAACCCGAAACUAAUACGCAACCUCCAGCUUGCACCCUCCAAUGCAGCGUCUGUUCACAAGAAACUACAGAGGCUCAUACAUGUAGAGAAUGUGUAUGUGCAAUCCACGCUAUUUGCGCUGUUGCUGAAGAAUCAUCUGAUGAAGGAUUUGGAUCUAAAGUUUUGUGUCUAUUAUGUUCAAAAAAAUAUAAAGUACAAGAUAAUCGUCAAAGUGCUAAGAAAACCCUACAACAACAGGCUGAAAAAAUGCUAAAAUCGAGUGAAAAGAAGUUUGCUCCUGUACCUAUUGGCACUUCUGUACGAAUUGCAGUUCCAGAGGUUGACAGAGAACGUGGUAAUGCCCGAAAUAUUAUAGGUGUAGUUUUGGCUAAAACCGAUGAUGAGCUUUAUCAAAUUGGUACUAAGAACGGAAUCUUAAAACAAGUAUAUUCUCGAUCUCAGAUUAAUGUGUGUCCAAGAGCUCUUCUUGAUGCAGAGGAUGUACCGAGUACGGAGAUAGCACUACGGUCAGUUGCUAACCUACAAUCCACUGGAACCGGCCAGGGAUUUAAAAAGUGCCAUUGCAAAAAAAACUGUACUACAGCAAGAUGUCUGUGCUAUAAAAAUAAAUUAUUGUGUACUUCCAAGUGCCAUUCCGGCUUACCCUGCAAAAAUAAAUAGCCAUAUGGACUGACUCGUUACAUAAUAUAAAGACUUACUUUAAUAUUGUGACAUUUAUAAUUACUUAAAUAACGACUAAUUACUUACCCAACGAAAGUUUGACUUUAUGAGAAUAAUAUAAGUCGAUUUUGUGAUAAAUACAUUUUAAAAGUGCCUAGAUACUUGAUUUUCGAAGCUUUAAUUAGUAAGAUAAUAUGAAGAUUAUUAUAUUAUACGAAAUGACUGUUACCUAAACGCUGUUGUCUCAACGAGUGCUUUAAUAAAAAUUAUUAUUCUCAUUUU